AUGCUGCAUUGUCUGUUAUCCGUGGGCUACAUCCUCACCUUCGUGCUGGGCGUCCCUAUGAACAUCCUGGCAUUCUGCACCUUCUGCCGAAAGGUCUCCCGCAAAGCCACGCCCAUCGACGUCCUCCUCCUCAACCUCACCAUCUCCGACCUCAUCUUCCUCACUUUUCUACCCUUCAAAAUGAAAGAAGCCGUGGACCAGAUGACGUGGCUGCUUCCCUUUUGGCUCUGCCCGCUCACCGGCUUCAUUUUCUACGUCACGAUCUACAACAGCACCUUGUUGCUCACCGCCGUCGCCGUGGAGAGAUACCUGGGCGUCGCUUUCCCUUUGCGAUACUCGCUGUGUCGACGCCCACGCUAUGCGAUUUUAGCCAGCGUGAUCUUCUGGGUUGUAACGUUGACGAAUCUGAGCAUUGUCUACAUCAUGCCAACAGCUAAAAUCCAAAACGGCAGCACUCCAGGUUCUUGCUACUUAGAAUUUACCGCAGAAGAACUUAAAAUCGUGCUCCCAGUUCGAUUGGAGCUAUUCCUGGUCUUAUUUUGCGUGCCUUUUGUGAUUUGCAUGUUUUGUUACAUCAAUUUCAUCUUAAUCUUAUCGCGAUUGCCAAAUAUAAGCCGACGUAAGCGCUUAAGAGCUAUAGGGCUCGCGUUAGGGACUUUACUGGUUUUCGCAGUCUGCUUUGGCCCUUACAACGUCUCCCAUGUGGUAGGGUUUGCGAGGAAAGAAAGUGAAGAUUGGAGAAAUGUGGCGCUCCUCUCCAGUACUUUUAACGCCUGCUUGGACCCGAUUAUCUUCUACUUUUCAUCAGCUGCCGUCAGAGGAAUGCUGAAAAGAUGCUGUAAAAGCGUAAUGGCCAAAACCCACAUCCUGAAGUGUCACAAAUCUGCCAACGAUUUGAACUUGAAUACUUAA